UUUUUUCUCUCUCUCUCCGGAGAGACACGUCAUGUAGUGAGCUCACAUUACCGUUUCGUGUGGUAUUUAAAGAGUGCGUCCUCAUUGCUUGGCAGAGCGGAGAGCCUACUGACAUCCGAGCCGGGAGCGUGCGUGUGUGUACCGGCCUGCAAUUGAAGCACUCCGCCGUCCGGAGAUCUAAGGUGGGCGGAGACUUGAGAUCGAGGUCCUCCUGUGUGCAGACAGAGACACACCGUGCAUUUUUGAGACGGCACCCGCACACCCGUCCGAGGAGGAAACAUCAUGGCAACGACUACUUGCACACGUUUUACAGAUGAAUACCAGCUGUACGAGGAGCUUGGCAAGGGGGCCUUUUCAGUGGUGCGUCGCUGUGUCAAACUUUGUACAGGCCAAGAGUAUGCAGCCAAAAUCAUCAAUACCAAAAAGCUCUCGGCCAGAGACCAUCAGAAACUGGAGCGGGAAGCCAGGAUCUGUAGAUUGCUAAAGCAUCCCAACAUUGUUCGUCUUCAUGACAGUAUCUCUGAGGAAGGCUUCCACUAUCUCCUCUUUGACCUAGUGACAGGAGGGGAGCUGUUUGAGGAUAUUGUGGCUCGAGAGUACUACAGUGAAGCUGAUGCAAGUCAUUGCAUCCAGCAGAUCCUGGAGGCCGUGCUCCACUGCCAUCAGAUGGGUGUGGUUCACAGAGAUCUCAAGCCAGAAAACCUGCUGCUGGCCAGCAAAUGUAAGAAUGCAGCAGUCAAGUUGGCUGAUUUUGGACUGGCCAUUGAAGUGCAAGGAGACCAACAGGCUUGGUUUGGCUUUGCGGGCACUCCCGGCUACUUGUCUCCAGAAGUGCUGAGGAAAGAAGCAUAUGGUAAACCUGUAGACAUCUGGGCAUGUGGUAGGUUUUUUUUUCUAUUUUCAGCACCACCUCUGCCAAUUUUGUUCUUGUCACUCAAACAAUUGCUGUUUAUGUGUGUAGGUGUGAUCCUCUACAUCCUUUUGGUUGGGUACCCUCCGUUCUGGGAUGAGGACCAACACAAACUCUACCAACAGAUCAAAGCUGGAGCAUAUGACUUUCCCUCCCCAGAGUGGGACACAGUGACUCCCGAGGCUAAAAAUCUGAUCAACCAGAUGCUUACUAUUAAUCCAGCCAAGAGAAUCACUGCCCAGGAGGCUCUGAAGCACCCAUGGGUCUGCCAACGCUCAACGGUGGCCUCAAUGAUGCACAGACAGGAGACCGUCGAGUGCCUAAAGAAAUUUAAUGCCAGGAGGAAACUCAAGGGUGCCAUUCUUACCACCAUGCUUGUCUCCAGGAACUUCUCUGUGGGCCGUCAGACUACAGCCCCUGCUGCUGUCAGCGCUGUAGCAGGAACCACAGCUGGCAUCGUGGAACAAGCAGCCAAGAGUCUCCUCAACAAGAAGGCUGAUGUCAAGCCUCAGACAAACAGCACGAGAAACAGCAUAGUCACCAGUCCCAAAGGCAACAUCCCCUCUGCUGCACUGGAGCCUCAGACUACUGUUAUCCAUAAUCCAGUAGAUGGGAUCAAGGAAUCAUCUGAUAGCAACAACACAACUAUCGAGGAUGAAGAUGUGAAAGCUCGCAAACAGGAAAUCAUAAAGAUCACAGAGCAGCUUAUUGAAGCUGUCAACAAUGGAGACUUUGAGGCCUACGCGAAGAUCUGCGACCCUGGUCUGACCUCAUUUGAACCUGAGGGGCUGGGAAAUCUGGUGGAGGGAAUGGACUUCCACAGAUUUUACUUUGACAAUCUCCUCUCAAAGAACAGCAAACCUAUCCACACCACCAUCCUUAACCCCCAUGUGCAUAUAAUCGGGGACGAUGCUGCCUGCAUCGCCUACAUCCGCCUGACGCAGUUCGUGGAUGGCCAGGGCCAUCCUCGCUCAAGCCAAUCAGAAGAGACCAGGGUAUGGCACCGCAGGGACAGCCGGUGGCAAAAUGUCCACUUCCACUGCUCAGGAGCUCCUUCUGCCCCGCUGCAGGGGUGAGGCAUUUUGAGGAGGCAGAGCAGAAAAGUAACGAGCAGAUAAUCACAGAGAAAGAAGCAGCACUGAGAGAGAGGUGCAGGUGGAUGUGUGGUGGGGUUAAAGGAAUCUGAUUUUGAGAUUGUGGUCAUGCUCCUGCACUCUGCACACCCACUUCUUUCUCUCUCUCCCUGAACAACUUCGACAACAGCAGACAGUAAUAGCAGUGCUCCCAUCUUCUGACAGCAGAGGACACAUCAGCUACAACAUUAAACUCUUGUAACUCUUCGGCCUGCCUACAGCAAACAAAAAAGCUAUUGUUCCUUCCUAUUGUUACUUCUAGUAUAAUUAUGGCCACCGUCUGUCCCUGUGUUCUUUCAACUGUACAGUCUAUUUAUUAUCCAUUUUAAUCCUUUCUUCUUUUUUAUGACAAUGCAUGAUUCCUACCUGUGUUGUCAUUAGCAGUGGCUGUUCUGCACGACUUAAGGCUGCCUGUGUGAAAUGAACAAUCAGUAUCACGUGUCUCACACAAAGAGUCUGGUGGGUGUAUUUUAUUAUGACUUUCAUUUUGUUGUGCAACAGCACAACAAAAUUAAUUAAUUAAUUAAUUAAAUUUAUUUAUUGGGUGUUUAACUCCCCACCACCCCAUUCCUCAUCCCUCACGACCCCCAGCCACUCAGUCAGACAGUGAAAACCAUGCAGCAUGCUAAGAUGUUACUGUUGUUCUUAACUGAUAUUUAUGUACUGAACAUUGCAAGUUAACUACUGAAACUAUGGUUGAAAUGUUGAAAUAUCCCAAUGUUUAUGUAAAUUUCCAGUUUUAUUGUGGUGACUUAACUACAGUUACGCUGUUGAUGGUAUUUAAUUGCAUGAUAUUCCACGUUAAUGCAUUUGGUAAAACGGUUGUUGUCGUGCAUUUUCUGGGUUUUUUUGGGGGGGGUUGGGUUUUUUUGCACUGCUGGUGAGCUAUAAUCUGCUGCCUCUACUUUCUGGAUUUCUAAGUGCAUAAACUGUUUUUGUUGACAUGACAAUGUAGUAUAUGAAGAUUCUGGUGAUGACCAUGACAGAAUAUGCCCUUCCUCAGUAAUUGUUGGGCCCAGGCUCUUUACUGUUUCAAAGGCAACAACCAAAAUCUUAAAUGAUCAUUUUUGAUUUAAUUUAUUGGAACCUGACUGAUGUAAAAGGUGACAACUUAAACUCAACACAAGGGUGUGUGGUUAUUACUUUUGAUUGCAAUAAUUAAAUUAGACUUCGUAUGUAAAAAAGGCCAAGGUCAAAGUUCCCAAAGUGAAAUCAAAGUUUGUUUUAAUUAUGUGGUCAUUUAAAACCAUAUUUUAAUCAUCAGUUUUUGCUUUGGGUGGCUGUGGUUCAGGAAUUAGUGCAGGUCAUCUACUAACCUGAAGGUUAAUAGACAGCCUAUUAGAACACAACCUCUUCCAGUUCAAUGUCCGGCUCCUCUACUUCCACAUGGCAAGAUACUAAAUCUUAAAAUGCAUCCAUCUGAAUUUUAGGUUAAAUGUGUUUAGGUAUAGAAAAAGACACUUGUAUAGAUGUGUAUAUGAAUGAGAGUUGUGGUAAGAAAGUGUUGAAAUAGAAUAGAAAAGUGCUAUAAAAGUACCAGUCUGUUUUUAACAUUUUUCUGUUGGGGGUUUCUGUCCCUGUACAAAAAAACAUGUAUCUCUAAAACCUUUCUCAUCUUAUAAAAUGCAUUUCUUUGAUGAUUGGGUUAGUCAGUGAGAGGUAGGAGGAUUGUAUUAAGAUACAGGGGAAUCCUUAAAGGAUUGCAUUUUGUCACAUUUUGACAAAAGUGUACAGAUACAACUCAACAAAGCUAACAUUUACUUCUCCUUCCGCAGGAUUAGCAUUUAAAUAUGGUAACAUUAUGCUCUUGUGUCGUAAUUUGUGACUGAGAAAAAGGAAAGCUGAAAAAGAAUUUUCUGCUGCUCCUUACACAUCGUGUGUGAGGCCUUUCACUUGGGAGGCAAAUGUGUAAACCACUACAGUUAUGGAGCCUUAAACAGCUGCCUACCAAGCAGAAUGCAGGAAACACAGACAGCUAUUGAUGAACACAAAAGAGCAUUUAACACAUAAAGUGACAGAUAUUUAAAAAAAUAAUAAUAAACUAAAAGAGAGUAAAAGUGAAAUUGACAAUUAUAUGAUAAAUCUUCCAGAGUUGCAUUUGAAUGUUUUGGAAUAAGAACAUACAGUCACUCUCUCAUUUUUUAUGUAUAAACCUCAGUUUUUCUCCGGUCUGGAGACGUGAACAGGAACGACUUACUGUAUUUCAGAAUUCAUAAAAGGGUCCUCCUUUCCCAUAAAGCCCUAAUUUUCACUUUGUCCUUACUCUUGCAGAGCUGUGGCUGACCUAAAACAAGAAGGUUUUAACAUGUGGAAAUAUGGAAAAGUCAAUUGACAUAUUUGUAAAAGAAAACAGUGUCUUGCGCACACACAUACAUUAUUACUUCUAUUUCAAGCACUAAGCAGAGUCUCUUUUAUAUAUGUUUACAAAUAUUUGUGUGUAAUGUCUAAAUCACAAAAUUUUACACAGUUUUUCCAGGACAUUGAUUCAACACACAGGCAGGAAUGAAAUUUGAAAUGGACUGGUUUGGAAAUAGUGUUUUUUUGCACUACUUAAGCACUCGAAGCGCUUUAUACAGCUUGCCUCAUUUACCCAAGGACUUUUUUUGAUGCCAAAGUGCCUUUUUAUUGAACAUUUAUACUCCAAUGAACGGAUUGGAGGGCAGCUUACCUACUUGAGGAUACUUUGGCAUGGAGAAGCCAGAUUUCAAAAAAACAAACCUUCUCAUUAGUAGAUGACCUGGUCUACUUCCCGAGCAACAGCCACCCCUCAAUGUUAGUGAGUAAAACCAAAAUAUUAGGUAGAAUAUCAAAUCCUUUAGUUUUACAAUAUCUCCCAGAAAUAUCUAGUGUCGUUUGCUGUAUUUUCCCUUAAUGAUCUAACUUUCUGUCCUCGAGGGGGCAUCAACUUCUUCAAGCUUGACAUUUAGACUGACUACAGGAUUAAAGUACAUACAUGAUGAUUGAAUGUGAGAAGAAAAAUACUGAAGAUUAAAGACAGGCUUAUACAGGCUGUCAGAUAAAGCACUGAGCUGGUCUGUUUUAGGACAUAUUCACAAUAUUGUCAAAUUACUUUAGCUCACUUAACAAAUAGUAUAGAACAUGAUAGCUCCUAGUUUGAUCCUUCAAAUAUCACAUACACAGUAAAGCUUAAAUGAUUGGUUGAAUCAUCGCAGGACGAUGACUGGAAAGAUCAAAUCAUGGAAGUGGUUUUCAAAGAAAACUAUAAAAAUUAGCUGGUUCCAGCUUGUCACCUAAUGGAGAAAAGAAACCAAUUAUUAUGAAAUAUUAAAAUAUACAUAUAUAAUUUUAUAAAGUGAACUAAAGAAAAAUGUAUUAGAAAGAUAACUUUGUGCUUCUUACAACACUAAGAUAUCAAACCUUAGGUACUAAGUGGUGAUGUAAAAUACACCAUCUACUAGGGUAAAUGUAUGGGCAUACCGGCAAUUCACAAUGUAAUGCUUCUCACCAUCCAUGCUGAUCAUGAUGUAAAAUAAAGAAAUAUGCUUUCAAAUACUUGUUGCAUUGAAUCAUAAAAGUUAGAAGAAGUAUUAAAAACAAAAACACAUUAAGCACCUAAAUUUGGAGAGACGCAUGGUGAACUUGCCAAGCCAAGGCUGUGAUUUAGUGUUUCACAUUUUGCAUGAGUAGUGUUUUGUAUCAAAAGGUAAAAACUUUUUGAGCCAGUUCAACACAUUAUUAACAGUCAUUCAAAACAGUCUUUUAUUAAUUACUAAUUAUUUACAUUACAAAAUGAAACGGGGAAUUAUGCAUCAUCAGACAAUCUUGAGGUUGUUUUUGUUUUUUAAACCAUUAGUAUCAGUGAAACUCCACAGCUAUGGCUUUAGGACAAACCCAUGAAUUUCCCUUCCUGGUCAAACCAAAUGUCAGUGCUAUCAGUACUUUAAUUGGAUUGGUUACUUAGAAUUAGUGUCCUCUUUGAAAGCUGUACCUUCUUACUUAAUAACUAGGUUUGGGCCUGGGUGUUAAUCUUAGGCUUCACCUCCAAAGACAAUUUAAAGUGUAUUGAUAGAUCCUUAUCAUUUCUUCUUCUGUGUUCAUGUGAGCAAGUAUGAUAUGAAUGAUGAUGAUGGUGAUGACUGUAUGUGAAACAAAGCUUUUAUCAUAUACUUUUUGUAUUUAUUAUAUGAUGAUGAUCAAUAUUAAAGUGUGAUCAGAUGUAAUCAGUGUGUAAACUAAUAAAACUGUCCACUCUA